AUGAUCUCAGACGGCGAUGGAGCAGCCUCAAAUGGAACGUCGAGGACGUACUCCAACGGCGCGACGACGGAAGCCCCGCCGACUGCCUCCGCGACAAACGGUGCUCGCAAAGCCGCUGCCCUGAACGGGUCAUCCCGUUCUGACAAGGAAGCUCAGACAUCCGCUCCCUCAACCUACUAUGGACAUGAUCGCGAGGAGGUCACCCGCAUACUCAUACAGGCUCUGUCCGACAUGGGAUACCAAGGUGCUGCCGAGAGCGUGAGCAAAGAUAGCGGCUACGAGCUGGAGAGCCCGACGGUCGCCGCCUUCCGGAGUGCAGUCGUUAGCGGCGAGUGGGGUGAGGCCGAAGAGCUGCUUUUCGGAGCAGUCAUGUCCGAGGAUCGAAGCCAACCCGGGAACGGUCUCGUCUUAGCCCCUGGCUCUGAUCGGAAUGUCAUGCGAUUUUGGCUGCGGCAACAAAAGUUUCUCGAGUUGUUGGAGCAGAGGGAUACCUCCCGGGCUCUGAUGGUGCUGCGAACCGAACUGACGCCACUAUACCAAGAUACUCAGAAACUCCAUUUCCUCUCCAGUCUCCUCAUGUGCCAGUCUACAGAAGACUUGAAAGCUAAAGCCGAGUGGGAUGGUGCUCACGGCCAGUCGAGAAAAGUUCUGCUGUCUGAACUGUCUAACUUGACUGGCGAAGUCUGGCAAGUUCUAUUUUCUCACGACGGCCAGCGGCUGGCUGCUUGCGGAAGUGGCGAAGCUGUUGUCAUCUGGGACUUGCCCUCUUUCUCAGUCUCUCAAAUCUUGCGACCGCAUGCUCAGGGUGUCGGCGGUUUGUCGUGGAGCCCCGAUGACUCCAUGAUUGUCACAUGCUCACAGGACAAGUAUGCUAGACUAUGGGAUACCACGACUGGAGAGCUGGUUCUGAAACUCGAGCGAUUUGAGGAGCCUGCGAGUGGCUGUGUGUGGGCAGCAGACAGCAAGACUUUUGUCACCGGAUCUCUAGACAAGCAACACGGCUUGCGUACGUGGAGUAUCUCUGGCGAGAUGAUGUGCGAAUGGGGCAAGAAGCAUAGGGUUCAGGACAUCUGUGGUUCUCCGGACGGUCACUGGCUCGUGGCUGUCGACGACGAACAGAAGAUUCACGUUUACAACGCCUUCACACGCGAGCUAGAGUACGAAAUGGAGGUCAAGUCGCGGCCGACGUGCGUGAGUAUCAGCGAAGACUCACGUCAUCUGCUACUCAACAAAAAAGAUGGCGAGUUGCAACUGAUAGAUCUGGUAAAUCGGACGUCGGUCCAGAAGUUCUUGGGUCACACUGGGGGCGACUUCAUAAUUCGGAGUGCCUUUGGCGGCGCGAACGAGAGCUUCGUUGUGAGCGGCAGUGAAGAUGGAAAUAUCCUCAUCUGGCACAAGAAUAGCGGCGCUGCAGUGGAGAGGCUUGAAGGGCAUCAGCCUCGGACCAACGCUGUCACCUGGAACCCGGCAGACCCUUGUAUGCUGGCUUCAUGUGGCGACGAUGGCAAGGUUAAAAUCUCUAAGAUCAUUACAUAA